AGAGGCAGCCAAUGUAUUGCUACUAGUGUACUAACCUGUGUUUCUCUAGCAGUUGCAUCGCCGGGAAACCAGUCUUUCCCGUUGUUUUCCUUAAGCUAACCGCUCUUAAAUCAUCGGAAAAUCACCAUGGAAGCAAACGGCUCUGUUCAGUUUCCGGGAACCCUAGACCCAAGAGCACAAGAGUUCAGGCCUAGACGUGAUAACCUUCACAAUUUUCCCCCAAAGUUUAUUCCUUUCGGACCGCCGCCUCCGCCUCCGCUGCCGCCGCCACCACCACCACCGCCUUCGCACCAAGUCUACUACCCCUACACCCCCCAAGCGUUGCCGUUUAGCGACUUUGUAGGUUUCGCUCAGUAUGAUCAUCAUAUACCUCCGGCGUACGUUAGCGUGGAACCUCCUCCCCCUCUUCCUCCUACUGGGGCGCCAACUCGGACUCUGGUACUGAGUUCGGUGCCGCGCGAAGUGAACGAGUCAUUGAUUAGGAGAGAAUUGGAGGUUUUUGGAGAAGUUAGAGGGGUCCAGAUGGAAAGAGUAGGUGAUGGGAUCGUGACCGUUCAUUUCUACGAUCUAAGACAUGCAGAGAGAGCCUUGAGGGAGAUACGAGAGCAGCACAUGCAGCAUCAAGCCAGGCUAAGGAACUUCUUUAUUCAAAAUUCCGAGAGCAUUAGCUUCAAUAUUGCACCAACACCACCACCGCCGGCGCGUGGUGUAAUUGCUGGUUGUGUGGUUUGGGCUCAGUUUAUUAUUCCGUCGUGUAACGAGGUGCCUGAUGGACAGAAUCAAGGGACCCUUGUGAUCUUCAAUUUGGACCCCAAUGUUUCUACCCGAAGCCUUAAAGAAAUUUUCCAGGCUUUUGGUGCUGUCAAGGAGGUGAGAGAGACACCUUUGAAGAGGCACCAAAGGUUUAUAGAGUUUUACGAUGUUAGAGAUGCAGCCAAGGCCCUUAGAGAGAUGAAUGGAAAGGAAAUUUAUGGAAAGCAAGUUGAUAUCGAAUUUAGUCGCCCUGGUGGGCAUGGGAAGAAGUUUUUUAAUGCCAGGCCCAGGGCCACUUCCAAAAACUCCUUUACUACUGUCUUUGACUCCACAACAAACCUUCGCCAUUCCAAAGUUGCAACCUUUGUGUCUCCGCAACCUCCACCAUUGCUUCAUAGAUUCUCCUCCGGCUUCUCGCCUCCAAAUGUUUCCCCUCGCUCAUUUCUGACGGAAACUCAAUCCUCAGCUGGAAAGAAACCGUCUGGUGAUCCUAGCGAAGGAAACCCUAAUGAGGUUUCAAUUGAAGCUUCUUUGGGGUGUUUGUCAUUGGGUGGAGAAGUAAUUGUUGGGAAGGUUGCUGAUCGUGGCCCUCCAAAGAGAAGUUUAAAAAAGAGCCAGUCUUUUACAUCUACAAAGCAGCAGCAGAAGAGUGCUAAGUCUUGGAAGGGAUCAAGGCAAGCGAAGAAGCUUGAUAGUCGUUUUCUUAUAAGCGAUGAAUCCAUGGUGGAAACCAGCGGUAGUGAUUCCAGGACCACUGUCAUGAUCAAGAACAUACCCAAUAAGUACAGUCAGAAGCUGUUGUUGAAUAUGCUGGACAAUCACUGCAUUCACUGCAACGAGCAGAUUGCCAACGGGGAUGACCAGCCCUUGUCUUCUUAUGAUUUUUUAUAUCUUCCAAUUGACUUCAACAACAAAUGCAAUGUGGGAUAUGGGUUCGUGAACAUGACGUCCCCGCAGGCAGCGUGGAGGCUCUACAAGGCCUUUCAUAAUCAACAUUGGGAGGUCUUCAGCUCUAGGAAAAUCUGUGCAGUGACUUAUGCUAGAGUUCAGGGAUUGGAAGCGUUGAAGGAGCACUUUAAGAACUCAAAGUUCCCAUGCGAGAUUGACCACCACCUGCCAGUUGUCUUCUCUCCUCCUCGAGACGGGAGGCAACAGACGGAGCCUCUUCCCAUUAUUGGCCACAAGCACAAUCAACAGCCCAUCAAUAUUAUUCUUGGUGACUCAAUAGCGUGCACCCACCAUGAGAUAGACGGUGUGAAUGAUAGCCUCAAGACCUGCAACAAAUUAUUUGGUGACACUGACCAAGGAGAAAACCAGCUCAAGUGCAGCAGCAGCAGCCAAAAUGACGGCGAUAUUGGUGAUGAUUAUAAAGACAGUAGCAGUGGCAGCAGCUAGCAUGGUGGCAUACUAAUUGAAGUGGAGAGGGAGCUCCGCGAUUGAUUCUCUUGGAUAACUGAGAAGAUUUGAGUAUCAUACAUCCACCCGCCAAACCAACGACGCUGUUUCCAUUACAUGCCUGCUGCUAAAAACAGCUUAAGCUGCACCACCCAAUGAGAUGCUUGUUGAGCUCCGAGCCCUCCACUCUCUUACAUAUUAAAGCCCAUGGUCACAUAACAAGCCUAAGGCGUAGCUUUUAUCUGUCCUCACUCACGCAGGCUAGCUACCUGUAUAUGACCUGACCUGACCUGACCUGACCACACCACCAUCACCUCCAUUUACUCUCUCCCUCUAUUGUAUCUUAGCAUUUUUUUUUUAAAGAGAUUGUAUUGUAGAAGCGCUCUCUUCUCUGAUAAUGAAAAUUGGACAAUUCGGGCAAUUAGUAUAUAAAA